AGGCAAAGCAGCACCUUGCAGCACCCCAUGAUGUCAUGUUGGUCGCUGUGCUCGUGUAAACAAGGCUGGUGUGGUGCAGACGGGACGCUCCACUUCCUCCCGACAGCACGGUCGCAUGUAGCUGAGUUUCUGCCUGAAAAGGAAUGAUCCACCCGCCCUAUACCACAACAGAUGUUUCCAGCAGCCCAGUCAUGACACACAGCAACCAGACCUGCUCCAGCCACAACAUAACGUUCAAAAACAACCUGUACGCCACCACGUACACCCUCAUAUUCAUCCCCGGCCUCCUGGCAAACAGCGCUGCCCUAUGGGUCUUGUGCCGCUUCAUCAGCAAGAACAACAAAGCCAUCAUUUUCAUGAUCAACCUGGCCGUGGCUGACCUGGCUCACGUCCUCUCACUGCCAUUGAGAAUAUAUUAUUACAUUAACUCCACGUGGCCUUUUGGGAGAUUCCUUUGCUUACUGUGCUUCUACUUGAAGUACCUUAACAUGUAUGCUAGCAUUUGUUUCCUCACCUGUAUCAGCAUUCAGAGGUAUUUCUUCCUGUACCAGCCAUUCAAAGCCAAGGACUGGAAGCGGCGGUACGAUGUAGCCAUCAGCGCCGUGGUGUGGCUCUUUGUUGGGGUGGCGUGCUUACCCUUCCCCAUCAUGCGGAGCUAUGGGCUAGCCAAAACCACAAACACCUGCUUUGCAGACCUUCAAGUCCGGCAGAUUGAGAGCAAGCUGGCCACUGUGCUGAUGAUGGGCACAGCCGAGCUCUUUGGGUUCAUUGGCCCACUCACCAUUAUUUUAUUCUGCACUUGGAAAACAAAAGACUCUCUUCGAGGCUUCCAGAUACCACUUCAAAACAGCAGUGAGAGGCGGAAGGCUUUAAGGAUGGUUUCCAUGUGUGCCAUCGUGUUCUGCGUGUGCUUCGCACCAUACCACAUCAACUUCUUUUUCUACAUGUUGGUGAAAGAAAACGUCAUUACGGACUGCUUCCUGAGUACCAUCACGCUCUAUGCCCAACCCUUUUGCUUAAGUCUUGCAAGCCUGGACUGCUGCUUGGAUCCAAUCCUGUAUUUCUUUAUGACUUCAGAGUUUCAGGACCAGAUAUCAAAGCACAGCAGCAUGGUCAUCAGGAGCCGGCUCAUGAGCAAAGAGAGUGCCUCAUCAAUUAAGGAAUGACAGGAAAGCCAGCUUAAAAGGAUGGAGAUAUUUCAUAUGAAGUCUGGGACUGUUCCAUGAUACUUGAUUACCAGCUCCAUUGUGGAAAACCCUGCAAGUUUAUGCAGGAGAGUUUUGUGGCAGAGGAAAUCUUUUGGUGUACAGAAGAUAAAACUCUGUUUAAGACCCAGAUGUAGGAAGCUGAAGAGUGGCCCCACUGGCGUGACUACAUUUAGUGCUGUGCCACACAUGCCUGACCUAUCUGGGCUAUAAAAGAUACAGGAGGGAGUGACAAAGCUUUCGCUAGGAAAUGGUGGAGACCUCCCAGAAGUUUUUCUUCUACUUUCCCACCUCCAUGGCUCUAUGAUCAAGCCAGAGACAAUCUCAAAUCCAUACACUGACAUCCGCUGAAGCAUCAUCUCUGUUAAACGCACACAAUGCAUACAAGAACCUGAAAAUGGCCAGUAACAAUAAAUGGCAUUAUUCUUUCUGCAGUCAGUGCUGCAGAUGCAUGAAGGUUGGCAGCUUGCUUC